AUGGGAAACCAGGAGGCAAAGCAGCGCAGAGCCAAUGGCAAUUAUCCUUCUCUAGAAGAUGGAACUAAGGACUUAUCAGGAGAGCGUAAAGGAGGGAAGAAGCUCCAUGGUAAGCAGGGAGGAGGGGGUCCACACGGUACUGCCACCAACAAGAGGAAAAACAAAUCAGAAUCCAAGUCUGUGUUUUCUAUUCGGAAAAGGAGAGGCCAGCUUAAAGGCAAAGGCUGUUCCUCGGUGAAUGGCUCCAGAGAAGAUGUGUUGGCAAGUCCACAGCACACUCAGGACCCCAGCAAGACCCCAGACCUGUCCGCUGAUGAGCUGGGGCAGUCUGACAACGAGGGUCUCGCUCAAGAGACUCGAGGCAAGAAAGGUCAGGAGGGAGGUCCCAAAGGGGGCAGCUCGGGCUCUGACACUGACAUCUACAGCUUUCACUCGGCCACAGACCACCAGGACCUGCUCGCUGACAUCCAGCUCACCAUCCGCCUCCAGCACCAGCAUGGGGGGGUCCGGAGCAGUGCCCACACCCCCACUGACCCAGACACUGAGCGGGGCCUGGGAGCGGGCAACGAGAGGCAGACCAACGGAGCUGUCUACCUCACACCUCCAGAAGUCCUGGACUUGACUCCUGAGCUGGAGUUAGGCUCUGAUGCUCUGUCCUUCCUGGAGGCGGGUCCAGGACCGUCUCCUGAGGACAGUGUGGAGACACUGAAGCCCACUCAGGAGAAACACUCCCCAGAGGAGGAUGUGGCACAGACUGAGGAAGACACAGAGGCCCCUGUUUGGGCAGCACCCACUGUUACCAUGACUACACAUGGGGGGUCCACAGGCAGCGCAGUCACCAUGACAACCACGUCGGUCAGUGCUGAUGAAGCAGCUCUAGAGGAGCAACUGGGACAGUGUGAGGAGUGGGGGGCUGCCACCACAGAGCCGUGCAUCAGUCAGGAGGGUCCUGGGGAAGCCCUCAGCUCCAGGGGUCCCGUGGACUCAGGGACCAGUGCUGAGUCUCUAGACAGUGUCAGUGCAGAGUCUGACCACAACAUUUAUGUGACUGACCACACGGCCCCCUCUACUCCACCACACUGGAGUCCUCUGAGCCCCCACGAGAGCCCCUCCACAGCAAAGAGAAGCCUCAGGGCCAGUCAGCCCAGCUCCAGUCCUGUAGUGAAACCUUAUCCCGCCAUCAUCCCCUCGUACAUCAAGACCACCACAAGACAGCUGAGCUCCCCGGGACACUCCCCCUCCCACAGCCCGCUGUCGCCCCGACGGGACACCCCCAUGCUUCACAGGACACUCGUAGAAAGCCGCAGACUUCAUAAGCAGCGCUCUCGGAGCAGUGGGAGGCCCCUGAGUCGAUCUGCAGACUGGACGGAGGAGCUGAGGGGCUCACGGGAGCACGAUGACGUUUCUGGGAUAUCUCGAGAUUUCCUUGAGGCCCAGAGAGGAGGAAGCCAGCCUCUCUGCCCCACCAGGAGGUCCUCCUGUGGACAGAGCAGUUCGUACCUGGACAUUUUCACAGGACGGACUCUCUUGGAGAAGCUUUUCAAUCAGCAGCAGCAGGAGCAGCCAGAGGAGGCCGAGCAGCUCUGCUCCAAGAUCCUGGCUCUGGGCCUCCUGCAGCCCUUCACUGACUGCUUCAGAGAACCUCUGGGGGACAGCAUGGGGCAGCUGCCCACAACCGCCAAGUUCCAUCACGACCGGCUGUACACCUGGGCAGCAGUGAGCCAGCCGCCGCUCUCUCUGGAGGCGCUGGAGGUGAAAGGACAGCUCCGAGCCGCCCUCAACUCAGUCCGCCCCGGAGUGGACAGCAGGAGGCCCAGCACCUGCACAGAGCCCGAGCACACAUCCAGCUGUGCACCGCAGGAGGUCCAGGAGGAGAGUGUGCUGAAGGCGGCGCACCUGAAGGAGAAGCACGUGACUGUGAUCCAGCAGCUGGAGCAGACCAUCGAGGACCUCCGCACUAAGAUCGCUGAGCUGGAGCGACAGCCCCCCCUGCUGGACAUCAUCACUGUGGAGCGGGAGUGUGGGGGGAGCGAGCCGGCCCUCCUGCCCCAGUGUGAUGCCCACCUCCAGACCUCCCCCUGCUGCCUUCAGGUCAAGUCCGUGCAGACCUCUCCCAUCGACAACUCCUUCAGCUUCAAAGUGCCCCCGGACUCCUCAGACCUCCUGCUGCGGCCUGCUCCUGCUGCUCCUGCUGCUGCUGCUGCUGCUUACUGCUCCUGUCAGAGAGAGCUCACAGGAGGCCCUGCACCUCCUGCUACAGUACUGUCUGCUCUCGCCCCCCCUCCUCCACCACCCGGGACAUUCGCACCUCCUCCACCGCCGCCUCUUCCUGGAGCUCCUCCUUCACUCCCCGGGACAUUUGCACCUCCUCCUCCCCCUCCUCCUCUUCCUGGAGGUGCUCCCCCUCCUCCUCCACCUCCUCCUCCACUUCCCGGAGCUGCUCCUCCUCCUCCACCUCCUCCUCCUCUUCCCGGUGCUCCUCUUCCUCCUCCUCCUCUCCCUGGGGCCGCUCCCCCUCCUCCUCCUCCUCCUCCUCCUCCUCCUCCUCCUCUCCCUGGGGCCGCUCCCCCUCCUCCUCCUCCUCCUCCUCCUCCUCCUCUCCCUGGUGCCGCUCCCCUUCCCCCUCCCCCUCCUCCUCCUCCUCCUCUCCCUGGUGCCGCUCCCCCUCCUCCUCCUCCUCCUCUUCCAGGUGGAGGUCUUCCAGGUGCACUGUGUGUACCUCCUCCUCUCCCGACAGCUCUGGGCUCCCUGCCUCCUCCUCUUCCUCUGGGACUCUACUCUCUGGGUUUGAUGCAGGAAAAGCCGCCUCGGAAAUUUGUGGUGGAGCCUCCCAAACCCAUGAAGCCGUUGUACUGGACCAGGAUUCAACUCAACGUCAAAAAAGAAGUGGUCCUGUCAUCCGUGUGGGAGACUAUAGAGGAGCCUGAGGUGGACUUCGAUGAGUUUGUCGCGUUGUUCUCGAAGAGCGCAGUGAAGGUCAAGAAACAGCCGCUCUCUGACACCAUCACCAAAUCCAAAGCCAAACAGGUUGUAAAACUGCUUAACAACAAGCGCUCUCAGGCAGUAGGGAUCCUCAUGUCGUCGCUGCAUUUGGAUAUGAAGGACAUCCAGCACGCUGUGCUCAACUUGGACAACGCUGUGGUGGAUCUGGAGACGCUACAGGCGCUUUACGAGAACAGGGCACAGCAGGACGAGAUGGACAAGAUUCAAAAACAUGUGAAGAGCUCCAAGGACAGUAACAAGCCUCUGGACAAACCCGAGCAGUUUUUGUACGAACUGUCUCUGGUCCCAAACUUCUCCGGUCGAGUCUUCUGCAUCCUCUUCCAGAGCAGUUUCACCGAGUGCAUGAGCUCUUUGAUGAGGAAGCUGGAGAUUCUGCAGAGAGUGUGCACGGCUCUGAAGGACUGUGAGACCGUGAAGCAGGUCCUGGGUUUGGUCCUGGUCUUUGGAAACUUCAUGAACGGCGGGAACCGGACCCGCGGUCAGGCCGACGGUUUCACUCUCGAAAUCCUUCCCAAACUGAAAGACGUGAAGAGCUGCGACGGAAGCAAGAGUCUGUUGUCGUACAUCGUCAGGUACUUCCUCCAACACUUCACUGAGGACGCCGGCCGAGAGACCUGUGUUUAUCCUCUUCCCGAGCCUCAUGAGCUCUUCCAGGCCUCACAGAUGAAGUUUGAAGAUUUCCAGAAAGACCUGUUGAGACUUCGCAAGGAUAUAAGAGCGUGCACGGCGGAGGUGGAGAAGGUUUGUUCCGUGUCGGACGAGGAGCAUCUACAGCCUUUCAAAGACAAGAUGAAGGACUUCCUGUCACAAGCCAAGAGUGAGCUGGAAACUCUGGAGACGCAGCUCGGCACCACACACACUCUCUUCCUGGAGCUCACCGUCUUCUUCUCGGUGAAGGCCAAAUCUGGAGAGAAGGAGGUGUCUCUGCAAACCUUCUUCAGCGUGUGGCACGAGUUCUCCUCCGACCUCAAGGAGCAGUGGAAACGGGAGAACAGAGUCAUUCUCAAAGAGAGGCUGAAGGCAGCGGAGGAGAGUUUCCGGCAAGUCAAGGAGAAGGCUAGCUACAGCGUCAAGCCGAAACACGCCACUGGCAUUAAAGCUAAACUGGGAAUGAAAAUCUGA